CAAUUUGAUUAGUCGAUUGGAAAGAUUUUGGGGAGGGAUAUUUUUUUCUGAUUACUUAGCCGGCGGUGAUGAGUGCGUAAAAGCACUCCAAAGCACACUCGACACCAGAAGACCUCCGUUACGCAUGAGCUGAAGCCACCGAGUUUCACGCGUCUCAAACCAUAACCUGUCCAAGAUGAAGGUAUCUUUUGGCGCUUUCGUUAUCGCAGCUGGCAUCUGCGGGAUUCUGAGCUUUGCCUUUUUGGCCACUUCCCUCGGCACCGAUUAUUGGUACAUUAUAGAAAUGAAUCCCAUGAAUGUCAGCGACUUUGAGAACAUGAGCUCCCACUCGGGACUGUGGAGCAUCAACGAAGGUGGGAAGAUGCACACGGGCUCUAUCGACUCGUUCACAGUUGACUACUCCGGGGUCUCCGAUACCGAGCUGCGCAUGCUGAACAUGCACAGUGCAAUUGUGGUGAUGCUUCCCCUCAGCCUGGUUCUGUUGCUCUUUGGUGGCAUCUGUGGAUUGGUCAGCUCCCUGGCUCGUAGCCCGAUCCUCCUCACCGGCACGGCGUCGUACUUCUUCAUCUGCAGUCUGCUGACUAUGUGCGGCGCCAGUCUCUACAUCAUUUACUCGAACCAGGCGCUGGCUGAGACUGAGAGGCUGGUGGGUCCGGAAGGUCUGGCCUACAUUCACACGUCUUUCGGCUGGUCUUUCGGUCUGGCCUGGCUCUCCUACGGCCUGGAGCUCCUCACUGGAGUACUGUUGCUUACAGCUGCACAAAUGGCCAAGCUCCACCACACCAGCCCCAUCAUGGCCUAACAUAAUCCUCUGCAGUGGGCCUAUGGUGUUCUAGAUGAGAACUGAACUGUGUGUGAAUAAUAGAGAAAGGAAAGGAUGACGAUGCGGUGUGAUUCUACCUUCACACAGACUCCAAAGGUUAUCAUAAAAAUUGAUGUGGAGCGAACUGUUUCAUGGAUCUAUUUUCC